AUGGACGUGACCUUCGUGUGCUCAGGCGAGGAGGCCUUCAAGAUGGAGGUGGGCUACUUCGACACCGUGCAGGACGUCAAGGAGAAGCUCCAGAGCCGCCGAGGCUGGCCCGCGGCCGCCACGUCGCUCCUCCACAACGGCGGCGUGCUUAAGGACGACGUCGACGGCGGCGGCAGCGGCAUCGAGCGGCACGGCGUCGUGGAGGGCUCCGUCAUCUACGUCGCCCUCCUCGACGGCCAGCACCAGCAUCCGCAGCAGAACAAGAGGACGGAGAAGAGGAAGAGGCGCGGCGAGGCCGCGCCGCCGCCGCUGCGGGUGACCGUCGUGUCGCGGUGCGGCGAGGGCCGUGUGGAGAUGGCCGUGGGCGCGCGCGCCGCGGUGUCGGUGCUGCGGGCGGAGCUGGAGCGCGCGCGCGGGGCGGGGGCUCGGUUCCCGCUCCCGCGCGACGGCGCCUACUUCUUCAUACAUGGACAGAGCGUGAUGGACGAGUCGCGGUCCUUCGAGUGGCACGGUGUGGCCAGCGGCGACGAGGUCGUCGUGUUCGACGGCUCCGUGACGAGGAACCCCGCGUAG